AGACCUCGCGCCCACCACACGAACUUACGGAUGAUUCGAUUUCGAGCGUUCUUGACUGGAUAGACAUUUUCUAUGGAUCGCCCUAAUAGCCGAAUGAAUCACCUGCUCGUGACUGUGCAAAACCUGCUGGACCCAGGUUCGUCGCAAUUAUAUUUGAGGACCAGGCCCUGGCUAGAAGCAAAGUCAGGUCAUGCAUGCUACACCAGCAGCGUUUGCCCGGGUCGAUAUCCGCACAACCUGCCUCCGUUUACGACUGAAGGUGUACCUUUCACAUCAACUCACGGGGGAUCACCGGGGGGCAUGUUUGCGGCACACGCAGACGAGGGUCGAAAGAAGGAGGAUAGAUGUGCCAGAUCAGAUACCAAGUCUUCAUGCAGCGAUAUCGGAGACAGUUGAUAAUCACUGAUAAUCCAAAGGAUAUAUCUGUAAUUGAAGUAGUGGUGAUUAUC